UCCGCCAGCUACGCCCAGACAGGAAGAAAAACACACUUUAGCAGCCGCCACAUACGUCCUAUCGGAUUUGAAUGAGGAACUAUGGAGUACGUACUUUCUUCUCCGGCGAAAAACAGCCGAAACGUUGCCUUUUUAUGCGUUGCCCGCAUCAACACAUCCCUUCCUUCUAUGGACAGCACUGACUCCCACGAGGUGUUAAAAGGCCUUCGCUAUAUGUCAGCGACUCUUCAGAGAGGCUAUCGGCGUGUCCAGAGGGGAUGAUGGCAAAGGGAAAGUCUGUUAAUAUAGACAGCACUUGUUCGUCUUUUCUUCGUGACCAGUUCACCUAUUACGACAUUCUUGCAAAAGACUGUCGACAGAGUACUGUGAUUAUUUUUUUUUUUUCCCCUCGCUGAGUGGCCAUGCUAGGAAUUAUGCUAUUUGUAAAGGAAUGCUUUGCUUUCUCUUGGUGUUAGCUCCGCAGUGGAUUCAUGGCCAACAGUAACAACAUGCUCGUGGCCUCUGCUGUGGUGGUGUGGGAAUGGCUGAACGAACACGGUCGGUGGCGGCCCUACAGCCCAGCCGUCUCCCAUCAAAUAGAGGCGGCCAUUCGGAGUGGAGAUACCCGCGGGGGGAGCGUGGUCCUCGGCCAGGUGGAGAGUCGACUCUCUCCGUACAUAAUUGAUCUCCAAUCCAUGCACCAGUUCAGACAAGACACAGGAACUAUCCGUCCAGUGAGGAGGAGUUUUUAUGACCCAGCUUCAGCCCUAGGACAAGGCUGGCAGUGGGAGUGGGAAAAUGAUGCAGGUUCAUGGACACCCUAUGACAUCGAGGUGGCUAUCGCCAUCGAGAAUGCUCAUAUCUGCCAGCAACCCUCCCUUGACUUGACACCCCUCGGCUUCUGCUACCUAAUUGAUUUUCCGAACAUGACACAGGUGAAUAGACAGAGCCAGAGGUGUCGAAGGAUUCAGCGACGUUCUGACAUGGCCUAUCCGCUAGUGUCUGGACCUCUUCCAUUGCCAAAAGUAGGAGGUGGAGGUGUAGGAGGAGGAUUGACAGGUGCCCUGCUCGGUGUUGGAAUAUCAGGGGCCAGCAGGGGAACUGGGGGCUCUGUUUACUCGAACGGGGGCAUAAUGACGACAGGACUGGGCCAGCCUUGCUCCUGCCAGCAAUGCAUGCUUGUCUUUAGUGUGAAAACAAACACAGGAGUAGCAGGAACAGGGAUACAAACUCUAGGUAAACGCUCACUAACAAUACAGCGGCUUAGGACCUCAGCACCCACCGGCUCAAAACCUUUGAAUCCACCUCAAUCAGCCACACUGCAGAGAGGGCAGCUCCUGAAGUCCAACUGCAACACCUAUCAGACACUGCCACAUGGCCUCGCCAUCUCUAAAAACACUGCAUCGCCAAGAAGGAAUGCCCAGCUCUUUGCUCAAUCACUAGCUGCCCUCACCACAGGGACCUCCACUCUUGGUAUCUCCUCAUCUUCCAGGCCGCCUCCUCCGUCACUCCCGCCACCUCAGCCACCAUCAUUCAACAUGAUUGUGAAUCCUCCGUCCAUUCCAGCCAAACAUUCCUCAUCUUCAGCCAACAAAUCAGUGCCAACUGCCACAUUAAUUACCCCGGCUAACACUGUGACCACACCCCCAUCCCCUGUGCCAUCUCCGUCGCCAGCAGUAAUGAAGCCACAACGUGCACCAUUGUCUGCAUCCAAAGUGUGCCAUGCGCCACUACCACAGAGAUCAAGCUUAGCUGGACUGAGUAGACCAGCAUUGCAGAGAAUUGCCAUGGCCCAGUCAAGAGCACUUAUAGCAUCAGGUGUGCCCACUGUGCCUGUAAAAAAUCUGAAUGGAUCAAGUCCUGUUCACCCUGCACUGGCAGGGAUCACAGGAAUUUUGAUGAGUGCUGCUGCUCUGCCUGUGUGUCUUACAAGGCCUCCUAAACUUGUAUUACACCCUCCACCUGUUAGCAAGAGUGACAUUAAACCAGUGCCAGGCUUUGGCCACUGCUGCAGAAAGACCACCAAGAAACAGGCUCGCAAGGGUAAGACUCCAGAGGAUGUGGUAAAGAAGUACCUGCAGAAAGUAAAGAGUCCACCAGAUGAGGAUUGUACCAUAUGUAUGGAACCUCUAGCGGGUCCUUCUGGAUACAAAGGUCCAGGGGUGGGACCUGUUUCCAGAGCAGAAUCUGUUGGGCGACUAGCACAGUGUGGACACCAGUACCACUUCCAGUGUCUGGUGGCCAUGUAUAAUAAUGGCAACAAGGACGGCAGUCUUCAGUGUCCCACGUGUAAAACCAUCUAUGGUGUAAAGACUGGGAACCAACCAGCAGGGAAGAUGGAGUACCAUAUUAUCCCUCACUCACUACCAGGGCAUCCCGACUGCAAAACCAUUCGCAUAAUCUAUAACAUCCCACCAGGCAUUCAGGGACCAGAGCAUCCGAAUCCAGGGAAGCCCUUCACAGCCAGAGGCUUCCCAAGACACUGCUACCUCCCAGACAGUGACAAGGGACGCAAGGUAUUGAGACUGCUCCUGGUAGCGUGGGACCGUAGGUUGAUCUUUUCAGUUGGGACUUCAAGCACUACAGGAGAAUCUGACACAGUCAUAUGGAAUGAGGUCCACCACAAAACAGAGUUUGGUUCCAACCUGACAGGUCAUGGCUUCCCUGACCCUGGACACCUAGACAAUGUUCUGGAGGAGCUCCGAGCUCAGGGGAUCACAGAAGAUGAUGGAUUGACAGAAAAUUGACAAGAUAUGACAAGGGGAAGAAAAAUCAUCCUCACCAGAUAACAGAAGCAAGAAGCGGACAAGAGGCAGUCAAGUCUGGCAGUAUUGUAAAGGGGCGCAGCAAACAUUUGGAGUGUUUUUUGUUCAAAUAACCACUUUUUUAAAUAUUGAUUUUGUUACUGGUAGUGACCCUGUCAUUCCAAUGCUGUAUAAUUAAAUACUUAUUAAAGGAAUGAGUAGAAGGAAAAACAGCCAGAGGAAAGAGGUGUUUUUUGCAACUCAGGAUCUAGGUACUAAAAGUCCACAAGUGAAAGUGAAAUGGUACUGAUAACGAACAACCAAAACAAGUUUACUUUACUGAGUUAAAUAGUAGAAGAUGGUCUGUCUGAGUGGGGGGGGGGG